AUGGGCUCUCGCGGCCGGGCAACGCGUGCAGCGAGCCCGACGCGGCCAGCGCGGACGAAAACGACGUCCGCGGCCGACAAGCACCAGGUGGAGUACGAGUUCAUGGGCCCUUACGUCGGCCCCCUGGGCGUCAUGAUCGGCCUUCCCGUCGUGUGCUACGCCCUGUAUCUCGCCUGCGGGCCCCACGGGUGCUCGAAACUCUACCCCUGGGGCCCCGCGCUCGCCGACCUCUCCUCCGUCACCUUCUACUCCACAGAUGGCUUUCUGGCUCUGUUCGGCUACGUCGCGGCCAUGGUGGCCCUCCAUCUCCUCCUGCCCGGCGCCAAGGCCCUCGGCGUGGUCCUGCCGGACGGCAGCCGGCUCCAGUACAAGCUCAACGCGCUGUACUGCUGCAUCGCAAUGAUCGCCGCCUUCGCGUACCUCGGCGGCGCCCCUCUCGUCAACGGCAAGGCGGCGACGCCGUACGUGGACCUCGGGUGGGUGUACGACAACUACCUUCCGCUCCUGACCGCGUCCGUCGCGCUCUCCGCGUCCCUGUCGCUCUACUUGUACCUGACGUCGUUCAAGAGGGGCGCUAUGCUGGCGGCGCACGGCAACACCGGCGCCACGAUCUACGACUUCUUCAUCGGACGGGAACUCAACCCGCGCAUCGGGUCCCUCGACCUCAAGGAGUUCUGCGAGCUGUACCCGGGCAUCAUCGGGUGGGUGCUCAUCAACGGCUGCAUGGCCGUGAAACAGGCCACGCUGUUGGGCCGAGUUACCAAUUCCAUGGUUCUGGUCAACAUCUUCCAGCUUAUCUACGCGGUGGACGCGCUGUGGUUCGAGAAGGCCAUCCUGACGACGAUGGACAUCACGACGGACGGGUUCGGGUUCAUGCUCGCGUUCGGCGACCUGACGUGGGUUCCGUUCACCUACACCUUGCAAGCGCGCUACCUCGUCGACCACCCCCUCGACCUGCCGACGUGGGGCGUGUGCGCGAUCGUGGCGCUCAAGGUCCUCGGGUACGUGAUCUUCAGGGGCUCGAACUCGCAGAAGGACACGUUCCGCCGCGACCCGGAGCACCCGUCCGUUGCCGCGCUCCAGACGCUCCAGACGCAGCGUGGGCGGAAGCUCCUCAUCGACGGGUGGUGGGGCGUCGCGCGCCACAUCAACUACACCGGAGACUGGCUCAUGGGCGUGGCGUGGUGCCUUCCUUGCGGCUUCGACCACGCCAUCCCGUACUUUUACGCCGUUUACUUCGCGGUGCUGUUGCUGCACCGCGACGCAAGGGAUUUCCACGCGUGCAAGCAGAAGUACGGGAAGGACUGGGACAAGUACUGCUCCAUCGUGAAGUACUCGCUCGUGCCGUACGUGUAUUGA